GUGUAAUACGAAGACAAAAGCCGAGCGACGCUCCAAAUAAAAGUUUAGUAGGCGCUACGUAAACAAACUCUGCGGUUUGUCUUCAUCCGAAGGGUGCACCGACCGACCGGUUCUUUCGAUCGAUUAACGAGCUGUGCAAAUAAUGGCGCCCAACGUUGAAGAGGAUGUGGCCUGGAAAGUAUCGGGAAUAUCGAGGACUUAUCCGAGCUACCGCCAACAUCGACCCAUUACAAGUGAAAGCUGGCUCGAGGGCAAGAAUGCCGAUGACGAGGCCGAAGGUCUUUGGCGCAUUAACGAUAAGCUCUAUGACUUGAGCGACUUUGCCGCUCGCCAUCCGGGCGGUGCCUCUUGGAUUGAGUGCACCAGAGGCACGGAUAUCACGGAACCCUUCGAAUCCCACCACAUCGAGGAGCGGGCUCGAGGAAUGCUGGGCAAAUUCGAAGUGCGACAGGCCUCGAAGCCAAGGAACUACAAGUUUACCCUCAAAGAAAAUGGUUUCUACAUGACCCUAAAGCGGAGAGUUCGUGAAAAGCUGAGAAAAAUCGAGUAUUCUCCGACGAGGAAAACAGAGUUUCUCCACUUGGCCAUCUUGGUGUCCGUCUUCAUCUUCAGCUGGGCAGGAACAAUUCUGGAUUCUCUGGUACUUCAGAGUGUGGCUGGCUUAGCCCUUUGCUGGGUGGCCACCUCUACUCACAAUUACUUUCAUCAGCGGGAUAAUUGGCGGAUGUAUACCUUUAAUCUGACUAUGAUGAACUUUCGGAACUGGCGGAUUUCGCAUGCCCUGUCACACCAUGUUUAUGCAAAUUCGCUGCACGAUCUGGAGAUGUCUAUGUUUGAGCCGUUCUUGUGCUGGAUUCCCGAUCGGCAUUAUGCCAGUAAAACGCAACGAUGGAUCUCUGUGAUUAUAUCUCCGGUGGUGUAUGUAGUCCUUUUCCAAGGACAGUUUAUCCUGCGUUUGGCUCUAUCGCUGACUAAGAGGAAUCUGUUGCACUGGGAUGAUCUUAUUGGUUUUACCCUACCGAUAUUUUUAUAUUUUUCCACUGGCGUUGGUCUGCUGGCCAGUCUAGCUAGCUGGCAAAUAAUCGUGGCAGUGGGAAGCUUUAUUUUUGGCCUAGUUGGUUUGACAGCAGCCCAUCAUGAUCCUCGCAUUCUACACGAUGGCGAUACGCAACGUAAGGACAUCGAUUGGGGUCUUUAUCAGGUGGAUACGAUCAUAGAUCGCGGAGAUAUCAAGUGGUCGGACCUCUUGGUGCUCACUCACUUUGGAGAACACGCCCUGCACCAUCUAUUUCCCACACUCGAUCAUGGAGUGCUCAAGCAGCUCUAUCCAGAGUUAAGGAAAACAAUGAAAGAGUUUGACGUGGAACUGCGGGAGAUCAAUCAUUGGGGUCACAUCAAGGGACAAAAUCAGCAAUUGCUGAGGACCAAAAAGAAUUCCCUUCCACCGGGUAGUAAGAAAGUGAAGUAGAGUGGGCAUACUGGUAUUAUAUUUAUGGUAAAUGGGGAGGGAAAUGGUUGUUUUGUAAAUACAUAAGUAAAAGCUGAGGAUUUUGGGGUAAGAAUAA